AUGAAGCUGUCCGAAGAGCAAGCAGCAGAGCUGCGCGGUCAAGUCGAAGGCAAGGUCAUCAUGCCCGAACAAGAUAUCGAGGCAUGGAAGGUCGCCAUCAGAGUCGUCUCUCACCAUCCGCCCACCAAGACUGGCGACCCCGCUCGACCAAUGGCCAACCCGCCCGGACUCGGCUUCGCACCCUCCCAGCCCGACAAGGACUGUAUACCGAGCCAGUCACUCGCAAAGAGAGUCUCGGAUAAUGCUAUCGUCGUGCAAGUCUUGCAUGCCCAAGAUGUCUCAAAGGUCAUCCUGUUCGCUCGAAAGUACCAGCUCGAGAUCUCCAUCAAGGCAGGCGGGUACGGUGCGGCAGGCUGGGCUGUCAGAGGCGAUAUCAUCAUCGAUCUCGUGGCGAUUAGAAAGAUCUCCAUCACCUUGCCUACUGACUCGCCCUCGCUCCAACACACUCAGUCACACUCUGCAUUUAUGACCAACGGUGUCAGUAUCGGAUCCAGCGCCGACGGCAGCGCAAACACCACUCAGGAAAUUAGCGGAACGACGCUCAAUAAUUCGAGCAGGAAGGGAAAGGAGAAACAGGAUAGCAAACGGUCAGCCGAGGAUGCUUUCGGCCUGUCCAGCGCACCUUCCGGCCCGUCGAAGCAGCUCAUAAUCACACAAGAGCGCUCCAAUUCAGACAGCUCUUCAGGCUCCUCGCUCUACACCAAGAGCAGGAGCGCCAGCCCUCGUGCUGCUGACGACGCCGGACCGGAGAAAGAUGUGCUCUCCCCGGCUGACGAAUCAGGUAGCGGCUCUGGCGCCUCUGGCUCCACCUCAGUCACGACCCCUUCUGCUCGCAACAGCAGUUCUCGACCGAGCAAACCUGCUGGCCCGAAACCCUCUGCCGCUCCAUCGGGCGGAUCGUCCGGUGCCAAUCGUCUCACUUCGAGCAAUGUCCAGACCAAGGCCGACAGUCAUUCGCAGACCAGUAGCGCUAUACAGCAGAGUGAGACGCAGUUUUGGGUAGCUGAACAGCGCGCCUCGCCUGCAUCUUCCCAAUUGCCCGCCAUCACACGGACGAGCGCAACGCCUGCUAAUGCGAUGCUCGACCACGAGAAGCAGAUGACCUCCUCGGGAUCGUAUGCGAUUACAGGCAAUCCGGACUCUUUCACCCGCCCCCGAUAUCGACCCGAUCCGACGUUGCAUUCGAGCAAUUCAUUCACCACUUCGCCCUUUUCUGAUCAAGGCACUGCGCCGAGAGACGAAAACCACGCUCUUGUCACUUUGGGAGCUGGCCUCAUGACGCGUGACAUUGAUAGAGCGACAAGUCGCUAUGGCUAUCAUAUCCCGCUAUCCUCCUAUCCCGUUGGAAGUGCGCUCUUUCUUUCUGGCGGUUUCGGCUUUGCCAGUCGAUGUCACGGCCUGUCGACUGACAACGUCGUCUGUGCCGAAUUCGUCCUGGCCGAUGGCCGCAUCGUUCAAUUGCGGAACGAAUCUACGCUGGAAGAUGCAAAUCUGACCGACGAGGAAGUACAAGAACAGCGCGAUCUCUGGUGGGCAGUUAGAGGAGCAGGAUCAGCCUUUGGCGUCAUGACGCGACUCACUGCCAAGGCCUACCGGAUCGGCCAGGUCUACUCGAGCAACACGAUCUACCCCUUCAGCGCUGCAACGGCGCCAUCGCUCAUCAAACACUGGCGAGACUGCGUCAAGACUGUGCCUGAGCAAGUCUAUUCCAAUCUGAUCCUCAGCUCCGGACCUUCAAAGGGCACGCACGUCAUUGUCGUGCAAUACUGUUACCUCGGCUCUCAGUCUGCCGGCGAGCCUUAUGUGCAAGCCAUGAACGCAUGGGAUGGCGAGAUCUGCUUGUUGCAGGACAGUGGGAUGGUCAGCUUUGUGCAGCAGCAGGAGUCUGUGGCACAGGUGCUCGAUCUGUCCGAAAACACGCGCUGGACGAUUCACGCCGAGCUCAUCGAGACCCUGUCUGACGACGUGAUUGACAAGACCGUUCAGAGGUUCGACGAUAGCGCAGAGACGACUGCAUGGAUGCUCGAGCUCACAGGCGGUCAAAUUGCCAAGAUUGACGAGUCCAAGUCUUGUUUCCCAACUCGACAUCGAAGCGCGCCUUUCUUGGCUGCCGCGAUUGCUCAAUGGGAUGAUCCCGAUUGCGACGGUAGCGGAUCGGCAGGUACCGAGUGGAUCACCAAUGUCAUCUGUCCGGCAUCGCCAGGCGGACCGAUACCGUCCUUCUGCGAAGUCGAUCAGAGUGCAAAGGGGGUCAGCAAGAUGUUUGGAACCAAUUGGGACAGGCUGGUCAAGCUCAAGGAGAAGUACGAUCCGGUUCAUAUGUUCACUCAUACAUUCUGGCCACGAUAG